AGACGUUUCUACGUUAUUGUCUACGUGAUGCGUGCAGGGUAAAUGAACAGAAUAAAAUCUGCUCACAAACAUGCUUAUAGAAAGUCUUCAGGGGUGCACAAAGAUGAAGGGCGCUUAAAAAGAAGAAUGGCGACUGAAGGUGUCCCUCGGCAUGCGGUCACAAUAUCCAUCACAGCUGAUGGGGGGAGUUCUGUGUCAGUACCAGUCCUCACUGACAACGACAUCAAUGGGGGUGUCUCAAGGACGACCACUGGCCCUGCAUGUCCAUCAAGCAGAGAAGCAUUGAAAGAGACAGACCCCAUAGCAGUGGCGAGCUCUGAAAAGACAUCCAGAAGAGAAGUUAGGGGCCAGAUAGUGUCAGCAAAGGUGUCUCUGGAGCGUGUGUGUAUCAACUGCAGGUCUCCACUGUACCACUGCAAUACAUCACAGCUGUCUGCCCUCCCAAAGUGUCGUAAGUGUGGCCAUGCCGUGGUGUACAGGGAGAUGCCUCAAACUGUGACCGCUGACAUCACUCUGAAGACCACAACAGCGUCUGAGCCAGUGCUGCCUCUCUCUCUGUCUCACAGCCUUAUGCAGCGGCUAGUUCCUCUUGAUCACACAGGGUGCCUCCAGAAAGAACUGGUAGAACAGCAGCUGUUGGAGAUGAAUGUGAGUUUGUUGGUGGAGGAUCAGGAAGUCAUCGAUAUCUGUGGUAGAACAUGAGGAUUAAAUAAACAUAUAAUAGGCCUUUAA